AUGCCCCUGCUGCGUUCGCUUCGAGCGGGCACGCCGCCCGCGUACCCACACUUGGACGUUAUCGCACCUGAGCCCGCACCUCGGACCCGGUCAGAUCAUGGGACGCCCUCAUGUAGAGCAUGCCCCCCACCGAAGAUCAGGAUUGGCCCUCAGGGGGAGGACACGGACAGAAGAUUCGACGACGGAGCACGCUGCACGAUGCACGAUGCGGUGGUGCCAGACCCGAGGCCUGUAGUGCAUGUGCGGGUGCUGCCCAGGCCGGCUCAUGCUCCGUGGCCCGUGGCACGAUUGUGGUCGCGCAUGGCGCUAUCUGCGCCCGGCACAGCAAGGCGGGCGCAGUCUGAGAUAAGCAGGGUGUCCCUUGCUUCAUGGUGCAUGUGCAUGAGCCGCCGCGUAGUCGUGGGUCUAGAGCAGGGUGCUCGCCGGCUUCCCUGCACGCAGCGGUUAAGCAUUCAGACGUUCGCGGAUGAGCACGCAACGGGGCCAGAUCUUACCUCAGGCCGCACGUCUGUCAUGUCCGCCUCCUGGAGUACUGCUGCAUUGAGUGACACCGGCUGUGAGCGCAGCAGGGUUUUCUGA